UUAAAACUCACGGCAAUGCUAUUACUACUUUUUGUGUUGCCAUUCUACGAUGAUAGUGUGCGUAUAAGACAUAGCGGAGCUACUGAUAGUAAAUGGAGUCAUUCAGAUCAAAAACAUUGGCCCAGUGAGUGCACCGGCGAUCGUCAGUCCCCCAUUAAUAUUGAUAAGCCUGACGCCAUACCACGCACUUGCAAUGGGCCGAGGUGUGAAGUAAAGCCGAUCCUGCUUAGAAACUAUUGGAGAAGGUUCAAGACGGCUCCUCAUUUAAUCAAUAAAGGAUACACAGUGUCUAUGAAUAUACCCGAAGUAAUGUGCGGCAAAAAGCCGCAUAUUACAGGAGCCUUACUAAAAGGUAAUUAUAUAGCGGAGGAGCUGCAUUUUCACUGGGGAUCAGCGAAUUCGAACGGCGCUGAACAUACUAUAAACCAUAGACGCUACAAGGCUGAGAUGCACAUUGUACAUCGUCGCGAUAAGAACGAUACGUCUUAUAAUGGGGAUGGUGAUGAACUUGCUGUAUUAGCAAUCUUUUUAGAAAAGGGAAAUGUAACUCAUGGGCUUUCAAAACUAUUUGACAAAAUGACACUUGUUAGGGCUUAUCAUACCGAAACGGAGAUGUGCCCUACGUGCUCACUCUGGCGGCUGCUGGGCUAUAUACAUACAAAGUCAUUCUAUACUUAUCGCGGCUCACUGACAACGCCUGGAUGCCACGAGACUGUCAGUUGGAUAGUGUUGAAACGUCCAAUGAGAGUGUCACCGUCGUUGUUGUCAUAUCUUUGGAAUCUUAGAAACGAAAAAGGAGCUAGAAUACAUGAUAAUUAUCGAAGGGAACAACCCGUUAACCAUAGAGACGUUAUUUCUUUUGGUGGUGAAUGAUAUGGAUUAAAUUCGAUUAAGUUGACACUGAUAAUUGAAUCUUCAUACGCUAAUGAUGUCAUUUGUAUGAAAACACUGUAAAAAAUAAAAUAUUUACGAAGGGC